ACCUAGAGCUACCCCUUGCCUCCUAGUCCACACUUCAGCUCAGCUCCAAGGAGCAAGCAAAGCUCCCCGUCUCCCCAGCCUCAGAACAAGAGGAUAUGGAAACGGAGGUUGGCUCCCCGGCUGCCGCAACUGCGGCGCCCAUCCACUUCUCGCUGCCGGUGGACUCUGAGCACAAGGCCAAGUCCAUCAAGAUCUUCUCCUUCGGCAACCCACACAUGCGCGCCUUCCACCUCGGAUGGAUGUCCUUCUUCACCUGCGUCGUCUCCACCUUUGCCGCUGCGCCGCUCAUCCCCAUCAUCCGCGACAACCUCAACCUCACCAAGGCCGACAUUGGCAACGCCGGGGUCGCCUCUGUCUCCGGCGCCAUCUUCUCAAGGCUGGCCAUGGGUGCAAUAUGUGACCUCCUUGGCCCGCGGUACGGCUGUGCCUUCCUCGUCAUGCUCUCCGCACCCGCGGUGUUUUGCAUGUCUGUCAUCAAUGGUCCUGGGGGAUACAUCACUAUCCGCUUCCUCAUUGGUGUCUCUCUUGCCACCUUUGUGUCAUGUCAGUACUGGAUUAGUACCAUGUUCAAUAGCAAGAUCAUCGGGACGGUCGGCGGCUUGACAGCGGGUUGGGGUGACAUGGGUGGCGGUGCCACACAACUCAUCAUGCCUCUUGUCUUCGACGGCAUCUUGGCAUGUGGUGCGACGUCCUUCACAGCAUGGCGCAUUGCCUACUUCGUGCCAGGAAUGAUGUUGGUGGUGAUGGGCUUGCUUGUGCUCACCAUGGGGCAAGACCUUCCCGACGGCAACCUAAGGAGCCUUCAGAAAAAUGGUGACAUGAACAAAGACAAGUUCUCCAAGGUUCUCCGGGGUGCCGUCGCCAACUAUCGUACAUGGAUCUUUGUCUUCAUCUAUGGCUACUGCAUGGGCGUCGAGCUCACCACCAACAACGUCAUCGCCGAGUACUACUACGACAGCUUCCACCUCGACCUCCGCGCUGCUGGUACCAUCGCAGCUAGCUUUGGCUUGGCAAAUAUCUUUGCACGGCCAAUGGGAGGUUACCUUUCCGACCUUGGCGCUCGCUACUUCGGCAUGCGUGCCCGUCUUUGGAACAUUUGGAUCCUCCAGACAGCCGGUGGAGUCUUCUGCAUCUGUCUUGGUCGCGCAUCCAGUCUCCCCACCUCCGUCACAUGCAUGGUCCUCUACUCCAUUUGUGUCGAGGCUGCAUGCGGCGCGGUCUAUGGUGUCAUCCCCUUCGUCUCCCGCCGCUCCCUCGGGCUAAUCUCUGGCAUGAGCGGUGCUGGUGGUAAUGUCGGUGGAGGGCUCACACAAUUCCUCUUCUUCACAUCAUCCCAGUACACCACCGGCAAAGGACUCCAGUAUAUGGGCAUCAUGAUCAUGGUGUGCACGCUUCCUGUCGCGCUCGUUCACUUCCCGCAGUGGGGCUCCAUGCUCCUCCCUCCAAGCGCUGACGCCACCGAGGAGGAGUACUACGGUGCCGAGUGGACCGAGGAGGAGAAGAGCAAGGGCCUCCACAUUGCCGGCCAAAAGUUCGCUGAGAAUAGCAUCUCUGAGCGUGGCAAACGCAAUGCCAUCCUCGCCGUACCUUCCAGCCCAUCAAACAACACGCCCCCGCACGUAUAAGUCUUCAGGUUUUUUUUUACUCUAGUGUGUGUACGGACCCUGUAUAUACAGACGUACAUGCCCCUGGGAUCGAGGUGGUAGACCCCAUUAGGACGGUGUGGUAUGUUUUCCACCCACAUCACAUGACUUUUGGGGCACUUACCAAAAUCCCAAUAGAGGAGGCCUUGGUCUGCAAUAAGGGCUUGUAAUAUGUUGU